UUUUUUUGUACACAGUUCGCUCCCUCGGCUCCUGAGAAAAAAGUACCACCUCCAGAGCCUCCCGUUGACUACAACGAUCAGCAGAAUUCCAAAGGCGGCGAUGCUGGAGUGGGAAUAAGGAAACAUCCGCAUAGGCAGACGGUCACAAAGAAAACUCGUACUUACACUAUUGAUGGGAUGCAGGUCACGUCUACAACAAUGCAUGUGCUUGGUGCAAAAGAAGACAUGCAGAUGAGGAAACAGCAGCUUCAAGAUUUACGAAGGCUCCAGCGAGAAGAAGCACGUCAGAAGCAAAAGCUUCAGCUCGAUGGCGCCAACUUGGUUGAACAGCAAGGGCGGAAGUUCCAGCAGGAGAAGGCGAUUUCUACAAGACAAUAUGAAAUUGAUAUGGAAGCAAUGGAGCGUAAGCAGAAGCGAGAAAUUGAGGAGGCAGAAAAGUCGCAAGAAGAAGAAAUGAGACAAGUUCAAAAGCGACUCAAAUACGAGCAGGAGAAGGAACUGCGUGCUUUCAAAGACCGAUUGAAGCAAGAAAUGAAGAUAAUGAAACAGGAAAUGGACAUGCUUCCUAGGCAGCAAAGAAGAGAUGCAGUACGGAUGAAGAAGGACCAAAUGGAGCACGAAAACCACAUGAAGGAAGCUGAUUUCAUUAUGCAAUUACAAAAGAAUGCCGAAGCAACACUUACAAAAAUGACGCAGAGGCACAAGGAGAAAAUGGCUACUCUUGAAAGACAGUUCCUCAUGCAAAAGCAUCAUUUGUUGAGAGCUAAGGAAAACAAUGACUGGGAACUUGAGGAGAAGCCUCAAUACGAUCUUCAAAGGAAAUUAUUCAAAGAUGAGUACUUCUUGCUGCGCACGCAGAUGCUAGCAAGACAUCAGAAAGAGUUGGCCCAAGCUCAAAAGAUCAACCAGGAGGAAGAGGAUGAACUUGAACGAGCGCUCGCACUAGAUCGGAAAAAACUUCCAAAGAUGCUACGCAAUGAGGCAAAGACUCGCAGCGUCAUGUUCAAAGAAAGCCUUCGAAUCAGCAUGCAGUCUAUGACUCCAGCCGAAAUGGCUGAGAAGCUGAGACGUUUUGAUGAGCAUGAAAAUAUGCGAAUCAGGAACGCUUUGGAAGAGCACGAUCUGAAAAGCGCUAAGAAGAUUGCCCAGUUGAAGGAAAAGCAUCAACAAGCAAUGAAUGAGCUUGACGAAAUGCAAAACGAAAAGAGGAAGCAGUUGCUGGAAAAAGAACGCAAUACUAUGCAGGAACAUGAGAAGCAGUAUUUGAGUAUGAGAGAACAAUGGCAAGAUGACUUGGCUCCAAGGAAACUGAUGCUGGAAAGAAGAUUCCAAGAAGAAAUGGAGGCUCAAGAGAGAUUUUAUGGUAUCCCUCUCGGCGGUACGAUAGCUUCAACUCCGAUUCUUCAAACGCGUCUUCAUUGA